AUGCCUUUAAAAUAUCAUGAUGAGACUUUGAAAAAUACCUACAAGCACUUGAAGUUGUACCCUAAAUUGGCUUCCUUAAAACAUGGAAAGAGAUCGUUUCGUGAUAAGCAAUAUGCCGUGAUCAAUGAAAGCUUCAAACCUUGUGUUUCUUUCAAUACUGUCCCGUCUUAUAUGGAUGAUGGUGCUGAGGAUGAUGGCUUAGACUUUCCAGGUGUUCAGUUCCCAGCAGAGUACACUAUGGAAGAAUAUUAUGAUGAUGAAAGUGGUUAUAUGUCUGAUAAUUCUGAGUACUAUCUUCGUAAUAACUAUGUGACCGAUGGCAGAUCUCGUGGGAUGUCCCCACCACCAAGCUCCUACAGAAGUAAGAAGCAAAUGUUGAGCUCAAUGUUUAAAAUAGCUGAAAACGGGAAAAUUGUAAGAGUAGACUACCCAAGUAAGCCCACUAUAUUGAAUGAUGCAAUAAUUAUCAAUAGAGCCCAACCAGGAUGGAAGAAAUUAUGGGUUGAAAGAAGAAAUAAAAUAAAUGAAAGGGUUGAAAAUAAAACAGAAUAUUUCAAGUAUCCAGACAUCAUGUUUCCACGACAACCGGCACUGAAGACUUCCUUCAUUAGUGAAGAUGGUUAUACACCAGUUUCAAAGGUACAGAGACGAAAAGAAAAGAUUUUGCAUAAGAAGGUGGGAAAUCCUAAUACUCCAAGAACGAUUCUCUGCCAUAUCAGUGGGCGUCGACAUACCUGGGUCGCAUUAGAUUGGACCAUUAGAGAGUUCGCCAGAGACACUGACCAUAUUGUUGUACUGGCAAAUUUACCAAAGUAUUCCACGGAUAAAAGUCGUGGCCGCCGCAGUUCAGCCACUUGUACUGGCUCACAAAAUUUCAAGAGCGACGAUAUGCCUCGUUCAAUAUCACUAGAUGCUAGAAGCGCUCAAAUGAGUAAAAAGAUGAACCCCUAUGUUGAAUGGACCUCCGGCUACCAACGGGAUUCAAUUGUCGAAAAACUGUUGAACAUUUUAAGUUAUAUUGCACUGAUAAUACCUAAACGCAUAACUAUCAAAGUGACAGUAGAAAUCGUUAUCGGUAAAACAGAAAAGAUAAUGGUUGAUGCGGUUAAUGUUUAUUCCCCUGAUAUCUGUGUUUCAGCUACGUUAAAGUGGGAAAGGACAGAGAAUUUAGUCGUCUGGAAAUCAAAUAAACUAACAGAUACUUUAUGUACCAAAUUUCCAGUUCCAGUUUUUGUAGCGCCGGUAAAAAGAAUGUGGGAAGUUGAAACGUCACUUGAAAAAUGUUUUCAGCCAAUUAUCAUUGGUGGCUCAGAGUCAGCAUCGGAUUCUUCACCCGAAGAGACCUCCGCAACAGGGCAAUAUAGCGUGCUGGAUAAUUCCGAAACACCAUCUGUCAUUUCACUCACCUCCAAUAGCGGUAAUCUGGAUAGCUAUACAGAAUCAGAUGUCUCAGAUUCGGAAGGCGGAAGCUCAAUUGUAUCACUGAAGGAACGACUAGUUUUGUUCUCGAAGAAGCAUAGGCAGGAUCUCACCAAAAGUUUGAGGGAGAUUGAUAACGCUGCACAUGACACUCAUUUGCAAAAGCAGUCAAAAAGCUUGAAUUUUAUUAUAGAAUCCUCUUUAAACUUUUCUUCGGGUAUUGAACGUAUCUCUAAGAAUUACUCUGGCCAGGAUGAAACAGGGCUAGAUCGUCUAAAAAGAGUGAUUACCGGUGGAACAGAAAUAGUUUCAAACCAUAAGAAAUCAAUGCUAGACGUUGAUGAUGUUCCUAAGAAGUCCUCAGAUCGUAAAAUAUCCUCUACAAAACCGAGAAAAGGUGCUAUAAAAUUCGCCCCCACAGUCAAUCCCAAGGACGGUAACAGGGCUCUUGGGAAAUCGAAAAUGAAACAGCCCGAAUCGGGGCGGGAAUCAUUCAUUAAAAGAGAUUUAUCGCCUCUCAGGCAAAGUACUUCUAUCACUGUUGCUAGUGGAUCCGGUGAAACUCAAAAUACAAACUCCAAUUCUAUAAGAAAAGUACGGAGUUCAAAUAGUCUUUACAGUACAAAGUCCAAUGACUCGGUUGUGAGCAAUGGGUCAGCAAAGAAAAAAAGUGGCGGUUUCCUAUCAAUUUUCAGAAGCGGGAGAAGUCGUUCAACAAGUAGACGUAACAGUAGUGGAAGUGAAAGUGAUAGGGCAAGUAUGGGCUCAGAUUCAAGUAGAAAAACAAGAUCUCGUUUAUUCGGUUUUUCAUAG